AAUUUCUAUAAAUAGAAAUAAAAGAGAGAGCAAAGAGUUAUACGAAGAAGCUAGACAAUAACGAUGAAGAAAAUAGCUGUCGCAGUGAUGAUAAUUCUUUUCAUCUCUUCCCAUUUUGAGACGGCUCAACCGUCCGCUGCCGACUGCUUAGACGCUUGUACCACAGCCUGCGUUCAAAAAGACCAAAGGCUUAUGCAGCGGUGUGACCGCAAGUGCCAGAUUAAGUGCGAUCCAGAUUCAUACAGUGUCAAAAAUGGAAGGGCAGCACUGCAGCUUGAGAAUGAAAAUCUUCCAUAAAUGGAAAAUGAGAAGAGAAGACAAACAUCAUGGUGUAUAAUAUUGUGGUAUUAAUAAAAAUCUCAAUCUCGUUCGGUUAAAGACUUAAA